AUGAAGUUCUCAAGCAUUCUGGCAGUCAGCGCCCCUCUCCUGGCACUUGCAGCCCCGACAUCCAAAGACAACCAGCUCAACAAGAAAGCUGAAGCCGAAAGCUUUUUCAUCCAAACCGAUGUGGGCUGGUUCGACGGCGGCGACAAGAAGCGUGCUUCAGCCGAUAAGCCAGCUCCGGCCAAGCGCGCCGAGAAGAUCGAACCGACUGAGAAGCGUGCACCUGAUGAUGCAAAGGCGGAAUCUUUCUUCAUCCAGACCGAUGUCGGCUGGUUUGAUGGUGGUGACAAGAAGCGUUCCUCGAAGGAGAAGCGCGAGCCGAUCAAGCGUGCUGCAAAGGUCGUCUCUACCAAGAAGCGUGAGCCAGAUGAUGCAAAGGCCGAGAGCUUUUUUCUUCAGACUGAUGUUGGUUGGUUCGAUGGUGGUGAUAAGAAGCGAAGCAAGACUAACGGGGUAUCUUCGACCUGA